AUGACUCAGAGCUUCGACUUCGUCUCACUGAGCUGCAGUGUAACUUGUCAAGUGACACAGAGCUUCGACUUCGGCUCACUGAGCUGCAGUGUAACUUGUCAAGUGACUCAGAGCUUCGACUUCGGCUCACUGAGCUGCAGUGUAACUUGUCAAAUGCCUCAGAGCUUCGACUUCGUCUCACUGAGCUGCAGUGUAACUUGUCAAGUGACUCAGAGCUUCGACUUCGGCUCACUGAGCUGCAGUGUAACUUGUCAAGUAACUCAGAGCUUCGACUUCGGCUCAGUGAGCUGCAGUGUAACUUGUCAAAAGACUCAGAGCUUCGACUUCGGCUCACUGAGCUGCAGUGUAACUUGUCAAGUGACUCAGAGCUUCGACUUCGGCUCACUAAGCUGCAGUGAAAGUUGUCAAGUGACUCAGAGCCUCGAAUUCGGCUCACUGAGAUGCAGUGUAACUUGUCAAAUGACUCAGAGCUUCGACUUCGGCUCACUGAGCUGCAGUGUAACUUGUCAAGUGACUCAGAGCAUCGACUUCUGCUCACUGAGCUGCAGUGUAACUUGUCAAAUGACUCAGAGCUUCGACUUCGUCUCACUGAGCUGCAGUGUAACUUGUCAAGUGACUCAGAGCUUUGACUUCGUUUCACUGAGCUGCAGUGUAACUUGUCAAGUGACUCAGAGCUUCGACUUUGGCUCACUGAGCUGCAGUGUAACUUGUCAAGUGACUCAGAGCUUCGACUACAUCUCACUGAGCUGCAGUGUAACUUGUCAAGUGACUCAGAGCUUCGACUUCGGCUCACUGAGCUGCAGUGUAACUUGUCAAUUGACUCAGAGCUUCGACUUCGUCUCACUGAGCUGCAGUGUAACUUGUCAAAAGACUCAGAGCUUCAAAUUCGGCUCACUGAGCUACAGUGUAACUAGUCAAAUGACUCAGAGCUUCGACUUCGUCACACUGAGCUGCAGUGUUUCUUGUCAAGUGACUCAGAGCUUCGACUUCGGCUCACUGAGCUGCAGUGUGACUUGUGAAAUGACUCAGAGCUUCGACUUCGGCUCACUGAGCUGCAGUGUAACUUGUCAAAUGACUCAGAGCUUUUACCUCAGCUCACGGAGCUGCAGUGUAACUUCUCAAAUGACUCAGAGAUUCGACUUCGGCUCAUUGAGCUGCAGUGUGACUUAUCAAAUGACACAGAGUUUCGACUUCGUCUCACUGAGCUGCAGUGUAACUUGUCAAAUGACUCAGAGCUUCGACUUCGGCUCACUGAGCUGCAGUGUAACUUGUCAAGUGACUCAGAGCUUCGACUACAUCUCACUGAGCUGCAGUGUAACUUGUCAAGUGACUCAGAGCUUCGACUUCAGCUCACUGAGCUGCAGUGUAACUUGUCAAGUGACUCAGAGCUUCGACUUCGGCUCACUGAGCUGCAGUGAAACUUGUCAAGUGACUCAGAGCUUCGACUUCGUCUCACUGAGCUGUAGUGUAACUUGUCAAGUGACUCAGAGCUUCGACUUCGGCUCACUGAGCUGCAGUGUAACUUGUCAAAUGACUCAGAGCUUCGACUUCGUCUCACUGAGCUGCAGUGUAACUUGUCAAAAGACUCAGAGCUUCGAAUUCGGCUCACUGAGCUACAGUGUAACUAGUCAAAUGACUCAGAACUUCGACUUCGGCUGA